AUGGUAACUCUUGACGAGAUUGCAGACACAAGUCUGCUUCAGAAGCCUUUCGACAAAACAGCUGAUCUGCUGGAACGUAGUGAAUCAAACUACAAGCCCCUCGACAGCUUCGCCCUGCCAAAAGACCGCCAGUACCAACAGCAGUUCGCCGACAUAUACUUCUUGCGUCUCGCCAAAAUCAAGCCCGCAGUCGAGGAGGUUGCUAGCGCAGCAUGGGAGGGCACCGUUCUUGGCGGUGAGACGGCGACCAAGGUGAAUCGGGUGUUGGAUGUCCGCCAGGGCCAGUUGUGCUGGGUUGCGGGGACCGUCUACAUGGACAUGCCCUUGAAGCCCAGUGUUUUGGAAGAUGUGUCCAAGGAUCGUUGGAUCUCGGCACCCGUCACAGCCGACCGAUACUACUGCGAGAAUGGUGGCGAGUCAAUCAUGUUGGAGGACGAUUCGGGUCGUAUCCGCCUCGUCGGCAACGUCCUCAGGGACUACUUUCUGGUGACGGGCUGCAUCAUCGCGGCCAUGGGCACGGAGAACGUCAAUGGCGAAUUUGAGGUUAUCGAUCUUAAAUUCGCCGACCUUCCUCCUCAGCCCGAGCGCUGGUCCCUCUCUAAACCCUUCUCCAGCGGCGCCAUCAAGAAGUCAAAAGUAAAAGACGAAGACGUCGAUAUGACAGACUCACAACCCUCAAAGAAGAUUGCCAUCGUCUCCGGACUCGAGUUCUCCGGCACCGACACCUCUUACGCGAUGGAGCUCAACCUCCUCCUGGAAUUUCUCCUCGGCGAAGCUCUCGACCCAUCCGCACAGUCCGAGCUCUCCCACAUCUCCCGCUUGAUCAUAGCAGGCAACUCUAUCGCCAAGCCCUCCGACCACGAAUCCGGCUUCACCACCACUACCAGCACCACGGCGGACAGCAAGAAGCCCCAAAAAAAAUACGGCUACGACGCGUCCUCGUACAACCCCCUACCCUCCCAACUCCUCGACACCUUCCUCUCGACCCUCCUCCCCACCAUCCCCAUCACCCUCCUCCCAGGCACCUUCGACCCAGCCAACGCAAGCUACCCGCAACAGCCGAUCCACUUGGCCAUGUUCCCAAAAGCGCGGACCUACGCUCCCGUGCCGGGCUCGGCCGAGCCCGGGUGGUUGGACCCCGUGACGAACCCGUGGGAGGGCGAGGUGGAAGGUUGGCGGGUGCUGGGCACAGGCGGGCAGAACCUGGACGACAUAUGCAAGUACGUCGACAGCGAGGACCGGCUGGGCAUGAUGGAGGCCAUGUGCCGGUGGCGAUGCAGCGCGCCGACGGCGCCCGACACGCUGUGGUCAUACCCGUUCCAGGAAGACGAGCCCUUCGUUAUGAAGGAGUGUCCGCAUCUCUACUUUGUGGGUUGCCAGCCCACCUUUGGGACUAAGCUCAUCGAGGGCCCCCAGGGGCAGACGGUGCGGCUCAUCUUGGUGCCCUCCUUCGCCUCGACCAAGGAGAUAGUGCUGGUGGACACCGAGACGCUGGACGUGUCAAAGGUGAAAAUCAAUGCUUGA